AUGAAACAGUUUGCAUUCGAUCAAUUAGCAAACCUCUCAGUUCAAGGUGCCCAACAAAAUAGACCGACACCGACCAAAAUUAAAACUAAUUUCUUCGAUCGCCUUAAUUUAUUCUCCACCAUUGUGGAAUGUUUCUCAGAUGAUAAAUUUUUGCAAAAUUAUCAACUUCCCUAUCAUCCGAUCGUUAUUGAUAAUACAAAAAUACAAGAACGUCCGGUAAUAAUUGAUCUUUUCUUUUUUCACCUGAAACGACACGCCAAUGAUGCGACAAUAGAUACUAAACUGAUCACAAAGUUAAUGUUAUCGAAAAUGCCAACUAUCAAAUCCCUACAUCCCCUAUCAUCUGCUAGUAAUAUUUUUCAACAAUUUAAGGAUUAUUUUAUCUUACAUUUUACUGGCUUACUAUUAUGUGAUACGAAUCUGAAUCCAGAUGAUACAAAAAAACUUAUGCAUAUCGUUAAAACUUUGAUCGAGCAAUACUUGUUCAUUGAGGAGCCAAUAGUUCAAUUUAAUCCUCAUUUACAACUUUUUCUUGCCACUAUUGUAUCAAAGCAUUCAUGGUCUUUUCUUCUUGAUCUUCUCAAAUCGGAUCCUAUUCAAAAUGUAAAUAAUCAAUGGGCACAUCAUUUAUAUCGUCUACUUGAAUCAAAAGAACCAGUUUGUUUGAAAAAAGACUUGCAACGAUGCCAUCAGCUACAAUUCGCUGUAGCUUCAAAACCGGACACUUCAUCAAUUUUUCCAUAUCUUCAUUUGUUCUAUGAUGAAUUAUGCAAGAUUAUUGAGAACUGUGUUAUAAAUGAUACACCCGAAGAACGAUGGAAGCCUCUAUCGGAUUGGAUUGAAACCAAGCUCAAUUCCGAUCCUAUUCAACUCAAGCCGAAUGAAAUUAAAGCUAUGUUACUACUGAAUAUCUACUACAACUAUUAUUGUAGUAAUCACUUGGCAUCAGUCCAGGGUCUGUUAGAAAUCGUGAAUGAUGAACUGGAACCUUUGCCAGAAGAUUUAAAAGUAUUUCGAGCAUUAUUACAACCCAAGGAGCACAUUAUCGGAUAUACACAAGAGAAUGCUAAUGAAGAUAUCAACUGCUUAAAAAGAUUAUUUAAACUCGACUCGAACGAGGAAGAUGAAUUAGCCAUUCGUCAUUGUCUAGUCAAUCUUAUGGCAAUGAUUUUGAUGGGUGGGAAACAGAGCUUUCUGUGGACGUUUGCUUUUGAACCAUUAAUAUUAGAGAAUACAUUUGGUUUCGGAUCGACAACACAUUCCAUCAUUCAGAAUAAUGGAAUUCAUUAUGACUCUGGUUGUGUUCUAUCACUGAAUGGAGAUCUUACCAGAUUUCCAACUAGAAAAAAUCACAGUGCUAUGAAUGUUCCAGCUGUUUACACUGUCUUAUUCUCAACUUUCGGUGCUAUGGCGUGGCAUUUACUCUUGUUUGACAAGUCCGUUGAAAAUUUGUACGGUCACAUUUUAUCUCCUAGUGCUAUUGACGAUAAUACAAUCGAUGUUCGUAUUGCUGGUGACAAUUUGCGAACAAAAGUUUGCUAUUUCGUUCGUGCUCGAUUACUGUCAACUUUUAACUUUUUAUCGAUUCGCUCGAAUACAGAUGAGACUUGCAUUCUACUUGGACGUUGCUUCGAACAAAUGGCUUUUCUAACUAUAAAUCAACAGGAUUCUUGGAUCAAACCUAUCUACAGUACACUUAACGAUGAACUCAGGGCUGAAACAAAAUACGAGAGUGAAGUAUUUUUUCUUGCUUUUCAAAGUGUAGCUAAACACAAAACAUACAUUAAUGAAUUGCAAUUGCGAUCAGAGAUUCAAACCAGUUUACACCAGUUCGUUACUCAAAUGCCUAUGACCAUUCACUUUGCACAUUUCCAAGUUGAAUUAUGUAAUCCAAUGCACUCAUCUUUACCGCUGAAACUCUUAAGACAUAUUUUGGAUUCGGUUGAUAUUCUAAAAAUGACAAAAUACAUUCCUGACUUGAGUCGAUUCUAUCUUUUGCUACACCAAACAUAUACUCAACUAAUUGAAAGUGACGAAUUCAUAAAUAUCACAAUGCAAGAACUGUACCAUCGAGCACAAAAACUUUUCGUUAGCUCUCAUCAUCAGAAUAAUCCAAACCAGACUAACAAUCAUGAAACUAUUAUUAGUAAAGGUAUUGAAGCAAUCAAUGCUUACCAUAAAUUUACGGAUGGUCUUAUUCGACCGGGUGCUCGUGAUGAAACUCAACGAUUCUCAGCUGUUUCACACGAUACGCCAGUGCAUCAUUUUGUCACAACAGAAAAUCAUGAUGAAGGAGAUAUUACAAUGCGCAUACUCAGUGUUCUAGUCGAUUAUCACAACAGUCUAUUAGAUUUGAUUGAACAAACAAUGAGUAAUGACACAAAUCAUGGUGUUGGUAUAUUGAAGAUAUUGACUAAUGAACUGAUAUCUAGAGAAGUAUCUGUACUAACCAUUGCCAGUAAUAAUAAUGGAUUUAUCACAUUGACUGACGACGAUUUUUCUUGGAUUGAAGAACUAUGUCGAGCAAGUCUCUUAGUUGAGGAUGAGUAUUUUCCAAAAUUCGGUACACAAUUCACUGUCGAUUUUAUGUAUUUACAAUCGUACAUUAUUCGUACAUAUCUUCUACGAUGUCACAUUAAUUAUCGACAAAUUGCUCAAAAGUAUCAAUGUUAUGUGAGACAAAUACAACAUACGAAUACAACAGAAAAUACUGAAAUACUAGAUCUAGGUGAAAACUAUGGAAUAUUGCUUGACGAAAGACAAUUAGAAACCGAUUGGAAACAUUUGAAACUAAUGUAUUUGGAUAAACUCUAUCAUGGUCAUAAUUUUCUUCGACAAAUAGCUACAAUAUUACGACAUAAUACCGAUGAUUUUUCUUCGAAAGGAUUAUAUGAAUUUCUUGAAUCAGAAGGAAUUGAUGAAAAUGAUCAUCUUCGAGAACAAUUAGAACGAUAUGAAAUAAGAAAUUUUCAAUUAUGUUAUAUCGAUCAUGUACGUAGAGUUUACGAAAAAUCGAUUGGUGGAUUUCAAUAUUUGUUUACUGAUGUGCCCCAUCUUCUUCAUACUUCGAUUGAUGAACAGUCGCGAAAUGAACUAUGUCAAAUAUUUGAAUCGGUGUUCAAUCUUACAAAUGAAGAUCUUCAGAUUGAUGAACUUCAAUCGAUCGUACAACAAAUCACUAAAUCCUCGAAUGAACUAAAAGCCAUCGAAGACAUUCUCCUUCAACAAUCAACUAAAUCAUUGAGAGAAAUUUGCGGAUUCUUAGCUGUUGAAAGUCCAAUACUUCAAUUAAUUCCUAAUACAAUCAAAUGUGAACAUUAUGUUUCACUCAAUAUUUAUUUGAUUCAAUUGCGAUCGAUUUUACAAGAACGAACAAUUAAUAUUCAAGAAAGAGAAAGAAAAAUUUUGAGUGAAGAUUUCGAUCUUGAAUCCGAUAGUUCACUAAAUACUAGAAUUAAAAGUUGUUAUCGAUCUUUAUUACAGUGCAUAACUCGUCAUGGUAUAGAUUCAAAGGAUAAGAAAACUCCAGAACGUAGUUCUCCAUCGACGGAACUAGAUAUUCCGCCUCCCAGCCCCGAAAAGACACUACCUAGUUCUUUUGAUGAAGAAUUAGAUUCAGUAGAUAAAUCAGCAGCCAGUCCAGCAAUUACAGAAGAAAUUAAAUUCAAGUAUAGGCCACUUUUCAAAUUGAAUAUACAAUUUGUUCCAUUAAUAUCAUCAGAAUUAAUUAACAAAAUUUACGACCGAGAGCGCUUAGUAGUAUCAACUCUUCCAACCAACGUUCAACAAUUUUCAAUCAAAUAUCCUGAUGGAAAACAAAGUUUGCAUAUGUGUAAGCAUGAAAAUUUAUAUAUAUAUUUAAGCAAACUUUUCGAUCGAAAACGAUAUGAUCACAAGAGUUUUUCCAUUAUCGAUCAGAAUCAAAUAACCAUCGAUUUCUUAAGCAAAAAGAGUCAACUAACACAACAAAUAUCAUCAGAAUACUCGAUCAUCGAGAAAACUCAUUUAGUUGAUCUUCAAUUUCAAUUCAGAACAAAUCUACUUAAAUAUUCCACGACAUCUUCCUGUGAUAUUUUAUCCAUUAUAUAUCGUUUCAUUGAUGACAACCGAGUUCAAAUGGCACCACCUGAUGCUUCUCUUUGUUUCUUUGAUGAGCUCGGUAAAUGUCUUAAUACUGAUACAAGUGUGGGCAGUAUCUAUCGAGUCGGUAAUAACCCAAUGGUUAAUAUAGUCGUAAAAGAAAGUAAUAACACUAACUCUCUCUGUGAGAUUACACUACAAUUAAACAAAGGUAAACUAGAGACAAGUUUAUAUUGCUCAAAUAUUAUAUUUUAUUUUUCCUUAGAUCAGCAAUAUACAAGUCUAUUUUGUCCGGCAACAACUUGGCAACAGAUCAAUCGAUGGAUCCAAACACUUGUAAAAGGUCCUAUCGAUGAUUUCGUCUUUUGGGAUAGGAAAGAAAAAAUUGUUAUCGAUCAGAAUGAACCCCUACAAUUAGCGAAAGAUCAAGCUUUAUUCGAUGGUAUCAAUCAAAAAGAGACUGUUCAGGUUAUUAUUUCUUUCGAAGAAAAGAAUCAGACUAUUUGCACAUUGAAAUCAACACCGGUAUAUCAUUUACUCAAUAAUGAACGCUUUCUUCGAAAUGUAGGUCUGAAAAUAUUACCAAAUAGUUAUGUUCUUAUUUUUGGUGGAGAAAAUUAUCGAAUUUUACGUCAGAACGACAUGCAAAAUCCUGUUGUCUGUUAUUUAUCUAUCGAUGAUCAACCAAUUUGUUUUCAAUUAUCAGUUUUGAUGACAAUACUCAUCUAUGACGAUCAAAGUUUAUUAGAAAGACCGAUACCGAACAAAAAUCUGACUGCCAAACAAUUAUUAGAGAAGACAGAAUUACCCACUAAUAUUUACAAAUAUUUAGCAUCGAAAGAGACACACAAAGUAAUAUCAAAUGACCAAAAUCUAUCCACAUUAGAUGAAGUUUAUUUUAUUGUUGCUAAAGAAAAAGAAACAUGUCUUGUUGAGAUAGAAAAAAAUCAAGUUCAAUUGUCUAAUAUUCAAAUGCCCGAACGGUAUCUCAUGUCUGCUACUAUUGACCAUGUAUGUAAACAAAAUAAUAUCGAUAAGAAUCAUCAAUACCUUCUCUAUUCGAAUGAUUUCGUACCAUCAAUAGAUACGUUAUUAAAAUCAUUUCGAUCCGCAAAGCUUCACUUUAAGCUAAUCGAUAACAAUCUGCCAGUAACUAUUAUAAUUUCAGAUGGCGACGAACAAUCAGCCAUAUUUUAUUGUUCGAGUUCUAUUAACGUCAAACGACUGCAACAAAUUGCUUGUCAAUUAUUUGGUUUCAAUGAUCUCUACUAUGAAUUGACAUAUCUUGAAUAUGAAUUGGAUGAUGACUUGUCCUUAGAUGAUCUCGAUUUAUCGCAAACUAAAUUCGAGUUGAAAUUGACCUGUAAGGCUAUGUUAAAAUGUUCUAUAACAUAUUGCAAUCAAACAGCUAUGCUACCAUGCUCUGAACAAACACUUUUUUCGACCAUUAUGGAAGAAGUUUGUCAAAUAUUUCACAUUUUGGAAGAUUGCUACCAUAUGUAUGAACUACUUUUAAUCAAUGAAGAUCAAAUACUAAUCGAUUUGGAUGUUGCAAUUGGCGACAUCGUUUCACUAUUUCCAGCUGGAACGAAGGUGAUUCCAUUAAAUCUGAGAGAAACUGAGUGA